UUGAAGCUCCUCUUUUCCUCAUCCGGUUCUAGAUCUUGUUCUUCUUCUGAUACCAUCUAAAAGACUACUUCUAAUUCAUUCUAUUUUCUUCUUAAUUUGAUGUCUCAAGAAUGGGAGAUCUCCCCCUUGGUGAUCACCUUCUCCUCCUCUGUUGUUUCUUCUUCCUAUUGCUUCUUGUGCCUCAGAACCGAGCAAUCAUCUUGAGGGAGCACUGUAGUUGCCAAGGUCAAAAACAUGCUCUCUUGCAAUUGCAGCAAGAGUCCUUCAAUUCCAGUCUAUGGGAACCAGAAACGGAUUGUUGCUCAUGGGAAGGCGUCACAUGUAACUUGACCACUGGUUGCGUGAUCGGUAUCGACUUGAGUUCCAAGCUUUUGGGACCUAUCUAUUCCAACAGCAGCCUCUUUGGUUUCCAUCAUCUCCAAAGGCUCAAUCUUGCUUACAAUGACUUCAAGCUGACUCCAAUCCCAUCUGGGUUUGAUCGAAUUCCAAGCUUGACCCAUCUCAACCUCUCGACUACGUGUUUCUCAGGCCAGAUACCCUGGGAAUUCUCACACCUAACAAGUUCCAUUGGCACUCUCACAGUAUUGGAUGUGGAAGGGAACAGAUUUCAUGGAAUGCCUCAACAAUUUACAAAUGCAAGUAGCCUGAGGACACUCAAAAUGAAUGGAAACAUAUUAGAAGGGAAAGUGCCUAGGUCAUUGGCUAAUUGCACAUCACUAGAGGUUUUAGACCUUGGGAAGAACAAGAUAUUUGAUACUUUCCCCUUCUGGUUGGGGAAAUUGCCUAUGUUGCGAGUUCUUGUAUUGCAUUCCAACAGAUUCUAUGGCUCCAUUGAACAACCUCAAGCCUUAGUUGAAUUUCCAAUGUUGCAAAUCAUGGACCUCUCAUCCAAUAGAUUUACAGGUAACUUGCCAGCUGAAUAUUUUCGAAGCUUGGGGGCAUCGAUGCUAAAGAAUGGACACAAACCAAAACUAGAGUAUAUUGGAGAUUGCUACUACAAAGACUCAGUGACAAUCAUGAACAAAAGGCAAGAAAUGAAACUAGUGAGGAUCUUGACCAUCUACACAGCUAUUGAUCUAUCCAACAAUAGUUUCCAAGGGGAGAUUCCAAAAGCGAUUGGAGACCUCAUAUCACUUGUGCUUCUAAAUUUGUCUCACAAUGACUUAACCGGCCUGAUUCCUUCAUCCAUUGGAAAGAUGGCAGAGCUUGAGUCCUUGGAUCUCUCACAAAACAAGCUUUCAGGGCAAAUCCCAUUGCAACUUACUAGUCUCACAUUUCUUGAAUUCUUGAACCUCACCCAAAAUCAUCUUGAGGGACCAAUACCACAAGGCCAUCAAUUGGAUACAUUUUCAAACAGUUCUUACAUUGAGAAUCCAGAAUUAUGUGGUUUGCCUUUGUCAAGGAAAUGCAAAGUUAUCAGUGAUGAUAUGUUGCCACAAGGUGAUAAAUCCAAGUCAACAAAUGACUUCAAAUCUGAUUGGAAAUUCAUGUUGAUGGGUUAUGGAUGCGGAAUGAUAAUUGGAAUUGUCAUAGGAUAUUUCAUUUUCAAAGAUGAAUGGAUUAUAAGGACUUUUAGAGUGGCACCAAUUAGGCCACAGAAAAAGUCCAAGACAAGAAGAUUGAGAAGAUGAAAAAAGGUGAUCAAAAGAAGAUGACAAAUGCAAUCAAAAUUUCCUCUCUCUCUCUCUUCUUCUUUUUCCUUUUUUUUUUUUUUUUAUUCUCUCUCUAUUAUGUAUUUAAGUUUGCAAGUGUUUUCCCUUUCUUGGGGUGCUAAGAUUGUCUUAAUCUUGUUAUUUGUAAUAAGAAGUAAUUUUGUCCACUA